AUGCCACUGGAGGUGAUCUACGUGGCCCGUCAUGGGUUCAGAUCAAACUGGCUCGUUGAUCACGCCACUGGCACCUACACAGCGACCCUACGGUCGCCAACUGGCGGAGCGGCUGAUCCGGCUCUGACAUCCCAUGGCGUUGAUCAAGCGAGGGAGCUCGGCGAGCGGCUGUUGAAGGCAGAGCCGCCCAUUGAGCGCGUCUAUUCCAGUCUAUACUACCGAUGUCUUCAGACAGUCGAACCCUUUGUGCGCAAGGCCAUCGUCACUGACAAGCGCCUGUCCAUAAGGGGCGAGACUGGUCUGGGUGAGUGGUAUGGAGCAGCCAACUUUGAGCACCCGGUCCCAGCGUCCCAUGAAAUUCUGAGGCCGCUGUUCCCGGGCCUGCUCGACGAAGAGUACAGACCGCUAGUAACGCCGACCCGCAUGGGAGAGGGUGUUGAUGAGCUGCAUGACCGAGUCGCCAGGACCAUGGACGAGCUCAUUGCUCAGUGCGACAGAGAGGGCGUGCGUGCCGUUCUGCUCUGCUCACAUGCUGCCACCAUAAUCGCUUUGGGCCGAGUGUUGACUGGUGACAUGCCGGAGAGCAUCGACACUGAGGACUUUCGGGCCUUCACCUGCGGGUUGAGUGUCUACAGGCGACGGGCAUCCCCCGCGGGAACCGUAUCCGGGACAGUUAAGUGUGACGGCGAUGGCAUUGCAACCUCGUCAGGGGCCUCUGCUGCACACGCUGCAGAUCGUCACAAGGAUCUCGCCUGGAGAGGUGGUCGGGGCGUUGGUGGGGGGUGGAUGUGUGAGCUCAAUAGUGACUGCAGUCAUCUUUCACUAGGGGAGGAGCGAGGCUGGCGCUUUUCUGGAGACGAGUCGUUCCUCGGUACUGCUUCGGGACAAAGCAUGCUCGAUGCUGGACAGCUGGGAGUGGUUGUCGAGGGCAGAGGGGGUGGGUCGACAAAUCGGGGAAAGCUUUGAUACUCGUUGCUUUGCUCCUGGUACUGUGCGAAGUCAGCUUCAUAUCCUGUCCAUACUGGCGGACUGUUUCCUCCCUCCAUGGAGGCAGUGAUUUUCAGCGCACAGACGAGAACCUCCUCCCUUUUCUCCCAGUAUGAGACAACAACAAACAAUUGAACAACACCAUGUCCUCAUGUUCGUAUUUCCUUUUGUGAGGAUUGUGCUAUCGUCAACACUAUGAUCAUCAUGAUGAUAUGCGUACCAGGAAACCAAAAUGUGACAGCUGCGGUGUUACCAUCCCUAGUUCAAGCCUCCCUCUGGGGAGCACCAGAUCUAUCCGUCUGCGGGGCCAUCGAGUUACGUCAAUGGUGGCGUCUGCAACUCGGCUUGGCGUGUUGGGCUGGCCGAGGAGCAGAGUGAGAGGUCAUUUUCCUCGUCAUAAAAUACCCCGCUUGGAGACAGUGGGCAGCUUGGUUUGUUGAUGUGAGACAGGCCUCAGAACAGAACGGUCAUUGUUUCGAGUAUCUACCUUCUAGACGCUCGUUCCUGAAUCAGGUAGAGGCAGAGGGGCAAGCCAGCAGGACAAGUGAGAGAGAGAGAACGUGAGCCCUAUCGAUCCAGCUUCCAGGUCGAGUACUGGUACGGCCCUUGUGGCCCCCCAAGACGCCAACAGGUGCGGCAUCAGUUCAUAGUCACUGCUCGCCAAUUACAAAUGCCGCUUCCGAUCUGCGAGAGAGCGGAGAGGGAAAUGAACGACAGUCCAAUCUCUGCGCAAAAAGAUGCUGUGUUGGCGAUGGCGGCACGGGAUGGGGAAAAGUGAUAUAUGAUAGAAUCUUGGGCGGUAUGUGGGUCCAAAGA